GCGGGGCGACAUGAUUGCAUUGCGGGCCUUAGGAUUUGAACCAAAGAAAGAAGAACUUAAACAAAUGAUAGCUGAAAUGGACAAAGAAGGAAUUGGCACCAUUAGUUUUGAAAAAUUUUUUGCCAUUAUAAGUGUAAAAAUGGGUGAGAAAGAUGAAAAAGAAGAAAUAUUGAAGGCUUUCAAAUUAUUUGAUGAUGAUGAUACUGGGAGGAUAACACUAAGUAAUAUCAGGAGAGCCGCCAAGGAGCUCGGGGAGAAUUUAACAGAUGAUGAACUGCAGGAAAUGCUUGAUGAAGCUGAUUAUGAUGGGGAUGGAGAAAUAAAUGAGGAAGAAUUUUUGAAAAUGAUGAAGAAGACCGCUUUUUAAUACUGUUCUUUUCUGUCCCAUUUGUUAUAUGAUUCAAUAAUGUAAGAUCUGAAUGGAUUCAUUUUCAAUUUUUA